GUGAACUGACGAAGUUAUACAAAAUUAGACUGAGUACAAACAGUUUGAGCAAUAAGAAUCUAAUCGCAGGAGAUCUGAUAAUAUACGAAGCAACUUUCAAUCUUAUUCAUAGACAGUCAAUAAUCUUGCACAAUAAAAAUAUUGCACAAUGCUAUGGGCAAUCUAGGGUUAACUUUAAUUGUGGUUCCUUUGAACUGAGACAAUAGACAUUAGACUGAAAGUGUAGUGUUGCAUUUCUUCUCAAAUGAAGUCUUUGUAUUCAUUUGUCGUUCACAUCUUUCUGCCAACAUAUUUGAGUUUCUCAUGAUGUUGUUUUGAACGUCUGAAGGUGUGAUACAGAAUGCGACGUUAUGUGCUGGUGUGUAUGAGUGAAUUUGUAUAAGAGAGAAAAAAAAAAAAAAGAGAGAGAGAGAGAACAGCCUUCCAGUGGCUCCUUCUUUGUGUCAGUUCACCUUACGCUUGUUCCGCAAUACAUUGUGGAAGUGCCAUGUAAUGGGUAUUGAGAUAAGAAUAAACUAAUAAGUGUAUUGCAUCAAAGCAGGUUGUGCAUAUGUUAAAUGCACAGAUGAAUGCUUUCGUUUUUUCAGCGUUUAUUGUGCUUCAAGUGAAUGGGAAAAAUACGUUUUAAUUGAAGGAUGACUGAACCAGCAGGUGGCUCGGAUAAAAGUUUUGGCACUGAUGUUGCUGGAAAUGCAGUAUCAGGGAGAUCAGCAAGAUCUGCUACGUUGGCAAACCUGAAAGCAUUGUUCCAGCACCAGUUUGAUAAUGAGAUCAUUACUUGUGUAGCUGCAAGUUUUGGAUGGAAUGAAUGGAGAUCAACUAAAGCGCUGAAAAUGUUGGCUGGGAAUCAGUCAGAAGGAGUGGAAUUGGGAAUGGAUCCUUUACUACACAACAAAAGUGAGUCACCAGUAUCCAGCAGCCACGAUGAAGAAAUAAAGCCCAGCAGUAAAAAUGGAUUUGCAAGUAAUGAAAACACACAGGAGGCCCAGCAGCAUACUCCUGGAGAAACAAGUCCAAGAACUGCCACAGAAACAAACAUACAAACAGAGGAAUUUGUCUCUCCUGAAAUGAAAACUGAUAACGGGGAUAAAUCUGCAGUUAAAGGAUUUACUUGUGCAAGUAUAGAUGUGGAAAUGGCAACAAGAGCAUAUUCUACAGUAAGCAUGAAAACAAAUUCACCAGACAGCACUGAUACUUAUUCUCAAAUAAGGAUUGAAACAGAAGCAUGUGGAAGUGUAGGCAAUGAAAUUAAAUCAGGAACAGAUCCUAAAAUAAACAUGAAACAUGAAAAACCAUACUUCAUGAAUUGUUCUCCUCAGAUAAUGGUGGGAUGUGAACAUACACCUAAAGAUGAACAAGGGAAGUGUGCAUUUUGUAAGUUUGAACAGUUGCUCCCAGGAGAAGAAAGUAACAACAGCGAUCUAGAUAAUUAUGUGAUGUGUGAGCUUGAGGCUGACGUCCAAAACAGGAAUUUAUCGACUUCAUCCUGCCUCUCUGAGGAAAGUCUACAAAAGGAAAACUGCUCUUCCAAAAAUGUUUGUCAGGUUGAAUGUGGUAAUGGUGACUGUGGGUACCAGGCAGCAAAUUGUGCAGAAUAUUUUAGAGAGGGAGAGACACCAUUAAAUAAAAGUACUGAAAGUGAGAAUUCAGUAAACAACUGCAGACAGCUUGAGGUUACUGAUGUGUUUAAAAACCGGGAAGAUUCUUACUGUGUCUCCAACAUUGGUGAAAUGUCUUCAGUUAGUGGAGGAGAAGUGCAUACAAAUGCCAAACAGGUCACCAGUGCACCAUUUGAAGUUAGUGUAUUGAACAAGGGUGACUAUAAUGACCAGGCAUCAUGUUCUACCAGGAUUUCUUCAAGCCCACUGUCAGGCUCUGUACUGCUGUCCAGUGGUUAUGUUGAUGGAAUUGCUGUUGCUGUUCCACCAGUAACUGUAGCGUGUGACACCAGAAUUACUUGUGGACAGGACAGUAUACAUAAUGACAAUAAGGUUGUUAAUCAGGAUGGUUUAUUAGGUGAAUUUGUGACUUUACCUUUCACACAAAAAAAUACACACAGUAAGCAUACAUUUGACCUGGAAAAUAUUGAUAUCAUUCAAGGAAAGACCUCAGAUCAUGUUUGGUCACCAUUGUUAGCUGCUGAAACAAGUGAUGUUAGCAUUGAAGACAAGGAUGCUGAAGAUAAGGUGUCUGGUUGGCUCCGGGGCACAGAACAAAGUUAUUCUGCAGACACUGCAGCAGUAUGUCACACCGUACCAGUAGACGAAGAUCAUGGUGAAGCACUGUGUUCCAGAAAAGUGAUGGAUCGUGUGACUGACCAGAGUUCCAGUGAUGUGACAGAAUCUUCUAUUGCAUCAUUAAGCAGUAGCAACUCCUCUAAAGACGUGCGAGAACAUAAUGGUAUUAGGAAACACACUCGAUGUAGUAAAGUGGACAGACUGGCGAACAUCAUCAUUGAUGGCAAGAAAAUUAUGAUAUUAAUGCGUGGUCUCCCAGGUAGUGGUAAAUCAACUCUAGCUAGGCAUCUAGUACGCUCCACAAUGGGAGAGGAACCUCAUAGGUUCAUCCAUUCUACUGAUAAUUUUUUUACAGUGUGUGGUAAAGGUCGAUACAAAUUUAAUUCCAAAUUUUUGCAUGAGGCACACACGUGGAAUGUAAAGAGAGUUUUGGCAGAUGCUGUGAAAGGCAUCACUCCUAUUAUUGUGGAUAAUACCAACCUGGAGGCAUCCGAAAUGCGACCCUAUGCGACCAUUGCCGUUCGUCAUGGGUACCGCAUCGAAUUUCUUGAGCCUAAUACAUACUGGCGCUACUUUGUUGCAGAAUGUGCAAGGAGAAAUACACACGGUGUCCCUAUCCAGCGAGUGGCAGAUAUGAUGCAUCGCUUUGACAGAUCUAUUACUGUAGCCGGUCUUCUUGGUAUGUACCAUCUGCAGCUGGAUGCCUCUGAACUAAUUCAGCCUCAUGUUGUCACUACAAGAAUGCCAAAGCACAGACGUAAAAAACGUAAAAGGAAUAGGUUGAAACGCAAAAUUCGAAAAUCACUUUCAGAAGAAAAACUGAUGAUGGAUGGUGAUAACAUUCUAAAUCUGUCAAAAAUCUCAGAUAUCGUAUCAUGUGGUACAUCAUAUGAUUCUAACUGUACAAUAUUUUCCAAUGUUGUUGGUGAUAAAACAAAUGUAUUUUCAAAGGCUGUAGGGGAAACUGAAAGCAGCCUAUUGCAAAAGGGUGAAUCCAUUGUACAUGAAAAUAAUCAAGACUCAGCUUCACCUGGAACAUAUACAGUAGAUGGACUUAGGUCUUUGAAACCUGUAGUUGCUCAUUUGGAAGGCACUGAGGAGAAUGUGGAUAAUCAACAAGUAGAAAGAGCAGCUGCAGUGACUGAAGACUUGAGUAACCCUGGCUUAGACACAAGAAAAGUUGUUGAUGAUCUUUUAAAUGAAGAAAUCGGACGAGAAUGUAGUGCCUCACCAGAUGAAUAUGUACUUGUGAAGGACAGCGAAUUUAUAUUUCAAAAACCACACAAUAUUCAUAAAUGGCUGUUGGAACGACCACCCAGGGUAGGGAAUGAAAAAAAUUGUACUGUCAGUAACACACUUUCCAGUCAUGUAAAUGAAGAGAAUACUGACAAUGAAUCAUCAAAAAAUCUGGAGAAUGAUAACAUUCAACUUAAUUUUAAUUUUGAUAGACAAGUUAACAGACUAAUGGAAGCCAUGGAUCAUGAGGAAACUGCAGAGCUGCAAAGUUUGGAUGGUAGAAACUGUGUAAAAACUGAAUUUGAAAAAACUGAACGUGUUAUUGGAGAUGACUGUAAAAGGUCUUCAGUAGAUACUACAUUUCCUGCCCAUCAGAGUUCUGAUACAAGUAACGAAUUUGUGGUUACAGAAAAGUCUAAACGAAACUUCUCUGAAAGUGUGAGCAGACUAGAAAUUGAUGAUAAGAAUGAGGACUCAGCUAAGAAAUCAAGUAAUGGUAACUACAAAAUAUGGAAGCGUGGAGAAAAAUUGGCAAGUGCUGUUCAGCACAGUGAGCCCACUGCAGUAAAUGAUCAAACAACAGCAAAUGCUGAGAAUAACUAUGUAUUGUGGGAUUUAGAACAUGGGAAUGUUUGGGGUGGUGAGGACCCGAAACCAAGUGUCAACGUACGCAUCGAGGAAGACCUCUGUCUUCCGAAACCACCUCGUAUUAGUCGUAAGAAACUACCUGUGAAAGAUUUUCUUAAGGAAAGUCUACAUAACUUGUCACAAAAUGCUACACGUCCAGUACAAGAACUAGAUCAGUGGGACACUGUAGAAGAUCCCUUAUCUUCAUGGGAAAAUAGGAAGAAAAACAACAAUAUGUCCACAGAUGUAAGGAGGAGAGAGGAUCAUUCAAAUGUGUCCUCAAAAGAUUCGCAAGGAAAAUUUGUACCUCAACCACAGAGGUCUUUAGGAUGCUUUUCUCGGUCACGCAAAUCUGCUUCCAGUAUAUCUCAGAGGCAGUCACCGUCUGAAAUUUCAGAUACUGCACAUAAAAUACGAGAUAUGCGACCUCCGAGAUCAUUAUCUGCUGCAGGUAAUUAUGCUGUAAAUGACAGGUCUAACUGGUCUAAAUAUUGUUCUUCUAUAGAACCCACAGCUUGGAAAUCAGAGCAGAAUUUAACACCUGAAACAUUAUUGCAUCAGUGUAAAGUUUUUCCAGGUACUUUUGAAGUAACAGAUGGAAAGAAAUUGGUCAAAGAUUCAAUAUAUACAGAUUGUGUAACAAAUACACAUUACUCUGAUUUUUUACUGUUGCAGCAAGUUAACAGCAGUAAAGAGAUUCCCAGUGAUGUCAAAAUAAUUGUUGGAAGUUGUUAUGCACCCAUCACAGACAAAGGCAGUGCUGUAGUGCAGCCUGCAAUGUCUCCCCAUCUGCGCCAAAGUGGGAAGUCAGUAUUUGACAAAAGUUCCAUGACAGAACAUGAAGAAAAUUUUACAAAGUUCUCUGAAACUGAAUUUAAAGAACUACUUAGAGCUUUUCCUGCCGUCCCCAUACCUCACUUACAAGAGAUAUUUCAGAAAUGCAAUAGGGAUAUAAACUGGACUGUUGAUGUGCUAUUGGAGCUAGAUUAUAAGGGAGUAGAAGAGUCCCCUGGGAUAGAGAUGGCUUUGGAGCCAUGUACUCUUAAGAUUUCAGAUAAAUCUGAAAACGACCUUCAAAUUGGUGUUUCACCAUCAGUGGUGACAGAAAAAACUGAUCAACAGUCUUCAUACUCAAAUAUAAGGCACACAUCUGAAGAAUGUUGUCAGCCAUCUGAAUUAAAAAGUUGGCAGUAUGAAAAAGAAACUGAUAAGACAAAUGCUACACCGACACAGCUCUCUCCCAGCAGAACCAUUCGAAAAGAUAAAAAUAUUUCACCCACAGCAAAAGAGCUGAAAGAGCAUAUUGAACAAAAUAUAGUGCUAAAUAAGAACUGCUAUUCAGAACACACACUGAGAAUUAGGAAAAUGAGGCACGGGGAAUUAUUAGACAUGGGUGAGGUAACUACUAGUUCGAAUAAAAACAAUGACACCAUCUUGCAGAUUGAGGAUUGUGAUGAGGUCUCAGCUUCUCAUGGAGUAAUUGGAUCCUCAGCCAAACAGAAUAUUCUGGAACAGACUGCUUCAGGUGCCAUGUUAUACCCAGAGAAUGCUGUUACUGAUGCUAUUGUUGAGCAUAAUAAUCAGAAUAGUGACAUUUCUUCUACAAACGGUGAUGAGGCAACAGGAAUUUCUGACCGUGAAGCUUUUGUGGACAUAAAACUUGGGGAAGAAUUUGUGUCACAACUUCAUGAGCUAUUUGGGAAGUCAUCUUAUACAACAGUAUGUGAAACUUCUGCAACAGUGAAGCUCCCUCUCUGCCUGGCACUUCAAAUCCACUACUAUCUUAUGAAGCAUGAAGAAGAACAGAUUAAACAACAGCAGGAUGUUAUGAUUAAAGAAGAUGAGGAACUUGCAAGGAAAAUACAAGAAAGCUAUGGAAGGCGUUCUAAAGAUGAAAAGGUCCCAGAUCUUCGAGAAAUUAUGGAUAUGGAGAUGGCAUUGGCGUUGUAUAAAGCUGACCAGACAUUUUCUCAUCAUGAAACAAAGGAAACAUUGGCGAUAAAGUUAUCUAAAAAAAUUUUAUGUGAAAUGUUCCCAACAUUCCGUAAAGAGGCAAUUCUCGAUGUAUUCAGUUCUACGGGUAACUCUUUUGAUAACACACUGGCUGUACUUAUAGCUUCCACGAGUGAAGAAGAAGCAAAGGUUGCAAUGAGCCCAGAAGCUCUUUCUGAACAUCGUAGCCAAUUGAUAGAAGCUGCAGAAGAAACUGUGAAGAGAGGUGUUGAGACCACCAGUCCCUUAGAAGAUUUUGAUGACAUUACAGCUGACGGAAGAGGCAGUAAUGUGUUGUAUAUUGUUGAAAGAUACAGAGAACAAGCUGCACAUCAUUACAGGAGGAGAAGUGAAUACCAUAUGAAAGCACAGGAAGCUUUCCAAAAAGGAAUGCCUUCAGUGGCUCAUUAUUAUUCACAGUUGGCCCGACUCCACAAAACUCACGCACAAGAAGCGAGUUGCCGUGCAGCGACAGCGAUUAGUGCAGCAGCACCAGAUUCUUCCAACUUAGACUUACACGGGUUGUAUGUACGAGAGGCAGUCUGCCUCUUGGACAGUUUCCUGGAUGCUCACAUUAUGCGACUCAAAGCAAGUGGGCAGUCACGGCGUGUCCUCCAUGUGGUGACUGGUCGUGGUAACAACUCUCGUGGGGGUCAGCCUCGUUUACGCCCUGCCAUUCUGCAGCGUCUCACACAGCGGAGUAUUAAGUAUGAGGAGGUAAAUGAUGGUCUCUUCAGGCUUGUUUUAAGUCGUAACAAUGAUAAGCUGAUUUGAGUGACCAAUAAGCCAUGCAGACAUGCUCUCCCAUGUCAACAGAAUAGACUGAAAAUUUAUAGUUAUUGAUUAAGUGGAGAGCGAGUAAAAAGAAAUAUUAGGUGAUGUGUUUUAUUUUAAUCUAUUAGCCUUCUAUGAAUUUCAAGUUUUAGUUGUUUGUAAAAAGGACAUUUUAACACAUGUGCUAUGUAUAAUACUACUAAAACUGUUCUUGGUCCCAGUAUAUCCCAAUAUUUGGAAUGGAAUAACUAUUUAGCAAGAAUAAAUUAAAUUUACUUUGUGAUGCAAAAAGAGACAGCCAGAGUUGCAACUAAAGUUGAUGUUCAUUUAGUCAGUGACUGAUUUCAGACUACACCCAACCAAUGUUUGCCAAGUAAAAUGUCCGCCCAAAAUACCCAUAAACAAAUGGAUACCUAUGUGUAUGGCCCCAGGUAAUGUUCUUUAAAGGCAUUAAUUGGGACCAUAUGUAUAUGUACCCACUUAGUUUACUGCAAUUCUGGAUGGGCAUUUCACAUGGCAAAACUUGGUGAUUUGAGAAUGGGCAUAGCCUGAAACUUGUCACUGGCUAAAUAAACAUCCAUUUUAGUUGCAAAUAUGGCUCUCUCAUUUUACACUACAAUGUAAAUAUGAGUUGCUGUCCCACCAUACCCAUCAUGCAGAAGUUAGCAUGUAAAUUUACUUUAUUCAAGGAGAAAAGUUAGUUCUCCAAUUGCUCAAACUAUGUUACCAGUUUGCCAGAGAAGUCAUUCUUCUGCCCCUUUUAUAAACUUCUGACUGGACCAGACUUAAACUCAGUUAUGUACUUCAUUAUACAGUUUUUACAAUUCUAUUUUUACAUGCUAUUAAAAACAUUUGAAAGCCAAAGUGUGGGAGAUGGUAUUAUGAAGGGCUGGUGUUUGAUGAUUUCCUAGCCUAAUCUGUGAAGUCUUUAUCUCUCUUUGGUUUUGAAAUGUCUGGGUGGACAUUAUCUAUGUAAGUGGUAAUGCCACUUGACUGCAUUUCAGUCUCUCUCUUUAAUUCUGCGUGUUCCUUGUCAUGGUCACCAUUUUUUAAAUCUUAGUGGGAGGUGCUAUGGUUCGAUUAGUAGCCUGAAGACUUGUCUGAAAAAGGGAUUAUGUGCCUCGAACUCUUUUUGGUAGUGAGCACUCCUUCAUUUAACUGCCAUAAAUAUUGAGGAGUUGAACAAAAAUAACACAGUAGUUCAUGGACCUUAGGAGAUUGUGGAGUGUGUAGCUCAUGUAAAGUACCAAUAGAAGACAAGAGUAAUGAACUUGGAUUUGCAGUUUCCUGUUAUAUGUCAGCUUGCACUGCUGGAAUGUAAAUCAUAACUAAAAAGAGAACUUAAGUCACAUUAAAAUAAAAUUUAAAAUAGCUGUUUCUUUUUGAAAAUUUUCAGACUGAUUGUUAAAUUUAGUUUCUGUUACUACAGUAAUAAGUUUAUUAUUGGUAUUAAAUCAAAAUGGAGUAAUUCCUCGGUUGAUUGUUAAAUUUGUAAACUUAAUACUUCCAUAAAUAACUCGGAGCUGUGAAUAAUGAGAUUAUUAUGCAGAAAAUAAAGGGCUGGAGGGGUGAAUUUAAUUUCAAAUUAUAUUUACCAUCUAAGUCCCCUCUGAUGGUUAUGGCAUUACUAUUAGUUAUUCAUCUGCCAUGCUUAGGAUUUUCCAUCCACUCCUGUCUUCAUAAUAUCAGUACAAGAAAAUGUGGAUGCUCUGUUAUACUAUUAUUUUUCAGUAAUGAUUUAUUACAUAAAGUAUCUGGUCACAUUCCUGAGGACUAAUUUACUCCACAGUUUUCUUCAUUAUGAUCUACUUCUCUCAAUUAGAAUAAUCUACAGCUUUUAAUUACCAUAAAGGUAAUGGGCGUGAUGACGUGUUGCAUGUUGGGUAUUUGCAGUAUUCCCAGUUCUUACAAACUUCGCAUAUGUUGAUCAUUCACUAUUUAAAUAACACCAAAUGCUCUUUGGGGAGCAGGAAUGGAAAUUUUCAUGCAUGGGGUAGGUAGAAAGUCAUUAUUAGCUAUUAAAUCUAAAAGAAAGGCAAACUGUCCACAAAUUUCCAGGCAGAACUCUAGGUAGUUAACAGUACAACAUCAAACAUCCAACAUUCAAAAAAUCCUCCGCAACUCUAUUUGUUAAAUCAUAAGCAGUAUUCAUUUUGUAUGUGAACACUCUUUUGUGUAGCACAUUCUUCAUAUCUGUUCUGUGGAAACUUUUUGAUUUACAUCUCUUGAUUUCUUGACAGAUUCUGAUGUUAUUUUCCUAAACAUCUUGAAACUCUAUAACAGUUCAAAGCCAAACAGAUGAGUCUACACCUUGGAGUGGUAUGUUAGUGAAUGUAUCACUUUUCAGUAACAGGCAGCAUCCAGUAUUGGGAAAUACGAAUGCACUUUGUGGUAACAGAAAUAUGCAGAAUUUCUGUGAAAGGUGGACAUUAGUGAAAGCUGUAAAACUAUGCAUUCAGAACAGAACUAUAAAUAUUGUUUUCUGUUAGUAGGGCACAAGUUGUCAUACUACCCUCCAUACUCUUUUAAAAAUUUUGAAUUUUUUAUUAUAGCAUCCAAAAGGUGAAUAUAUUUUCAAAUACUUGCAGGUCCUUAAAUUAUAUCAUUGUAUCUCUACCCGUACACAUAACAAAAUGACACUAAUUUCGUAACUGCCUCUACUCUUAUCUUGAUGUCUUUCUCAGAGGUGGCAAGUGGAAUGUAGGUAUGCAUUAUUUGUAUGAUUUGUCUUUCAUGACAUGUUACAUGUGUAUAACAGCAUACUAAACUUUGAUUUUUUUAACAUAUUGUCACAGUGUUUCACUGAGGUGGUACCCACCUUUGUACACAACAGUAUUUCUGUGAAAUUUCUAUAUAAUUUGCCAGCAGACAGAAACUUAAGGCUAAUUCCUUUUAAUUAAAUAAAACAUCUGCUUUUAGCAUUGGUACACGUUGUUGCGAUAAUGACAAAUAGUUGUGUGGAAAGUCUAAAUGUGUUCGUGUUUCUCGUAUGCACAAAAUCAGGUAUUGUUAUGUGCAUUAUUUCAGAAUUUAAAGUUAAUGAUGUGAAUGUAUAUAAUCGUAUAUUUCAUGAUAAGUUGGGUAAACUGUACUGUCUAAAUAUUUUUAAUUGGUUCUUACUUUGCCGUCAAAGUUUAUUGAUAAAUCACUUGUAUCUGCAAGUGGUUACAAAAUUACGCAGUAUUAUUUGCACAUUGCAACAAUGCAUUUAUAUUUAUUGUUUGGAAACAAAAUGGUUAACACAGCCCGAGAGACCUAGUUGCUAAGGGUGCUUCUGUAUUUAUAGUAUUUAAUUGAUGUGAAAGGUGUUUCAUCUUCAGCAACUGCAGUAAGUUAUGAAAUAGUAGGCAAAUUCUUCAAAAAAAAUUGUAAAAUAAAGCAACAUUGAAAUAUUAGUGUAUGGUAUUUAUAUUAUAUAAAUAAGAUAUGGAAGUAAUGUUACCAUUUUGGUGCUAGUGAAAUUAUGAAUUAGUUACUUUAAUAGCUUAAUAUGAAGAGAGGGCAUUCAGUGUACAUGUACAUGUUCAUCUAUUACAGUGUUUUUUUAUAUCCUUAAUAUGUUAGGGUAAUAUAAGCAGCAAUAUUAUGAAUCUAUUGUGUGUGAUUGUUAUUCUGCAUUAACAGAUGCUAGAGUGGGUCAUAUAUAUAAUAAAGCUUUGAAGUGAAAAUUGUUAUACAGUGAUGGCCUGGGAGAUACUUCAUUUUAGACCAACUGGCAGGUGCAAAUCAUAAGUUGUCAUAUAUGACUGUUUUAUAUGUUUAUCAAAUAAAAUAUGAUUUUUUAUUUCA